CAGACACGUCGUUGUUAAGGAAAAUAGAAAACCUCUAAAAGGAGAAAAAACAACAACCAACAAAGAUCAAUCCAUAUUUCUGGAAAUCCAACCUCUAUGAGUUUUUGUCUUCUUAAGAUCAAACAUAUCAAUUCAACAUUUUCAAGUUCUUCACCAACAUUCUUAAUCGCCGGUCAGUAUCUUCAUCUAGGUUUUCGAUUCCAUCUCAUAGAUUAAUGGCUAAUUAAAAGGAUCAUAUACUCAUAAACAUGACUUCAUCUGGGAGGAGAAGCAUAAGAAGAGGCUCAUCAUCUUCCAAGAAACCGGUUCUCCAAUCCCAAGAAAGCGGAAACAAUAGCUUUAACGAAACCACAUUUCCUAAACCCGGUUCACCCCACCCCGAACCGGUCUCCGACAUCGAGCGAACCGUCAAGAAGCUACGUUUAUCCAAAGCCCUAACCAUCCCCGAAGGAACAACCGUCUUCGACGCAUGUCGAAGAAUGGCUUCACGCCGCGUCGACGCGGUCCUCCUCACCGACACAAGCGCUCUUCUCUCAGGCAUCGUCACAGACAAGGACAUAGCAACGAGAGUGAUCGCAGAAGGGUUGAGACCAGAACACACUCUUGUCUCCAAAGUCAUGACAAGAAACCCUAUCUUCGUAACAUCAGACUCAUUAGCCAUCCAAGCUCUAGAGAAGAUGGUUCAAGGCAAGUUCCGACACUUACCAGUAGUGGAAAACGGUGAAGUCAUCGCUAUUUUAGACAUAACAAAAUGUCUCUACGACGCAAUCUCACGCAUGGAGAAAGCAGCAGAGCAAGGAAGCGCCUUAGCCGCUGCUUAUCCAUUCAUCGAAACAUUAAGAGACCAUAUGUUCAAACCAGCGUUAUCCACAAUCAUUACAGAACACUCAAAGGUCGCACUCGUCUCUCCUUCGGAUCCCGUCUUCGUAGCUUCCAAGAAAAUGCGUGACCUAAGGGUUAACUCAGUGAUCAUUUCCGUGGGGAACAAGAUACUCGGAAUACUAACUUCAAAAGACAUUUUAAUGAGAGUCGUCGCACAGAAUCUCUCACCUGAGCUUACACUCGUCGAGAAAGUAAUGACGCCAAGCCCCGAAUGCGCGUCGAUGGAGACAACAAUCGUCGACGCGUUACACAUCAUGCACGACGGUAAGUUUCUACACCUUCCGGUUCUAGACAAAGACGGAUACGCAGCGGCUUGUGUCGACGUGUUGCAGAUAACACACGCGGCUAUCUCCACCGUUGAGAACAGUUCAGGAGCUGUUAAUGACAUGAUGCAGAAGUUUUGGGACUCUGCUCUCACGUUGGAGCAGCAUCCACCAGAGGAUUACGAGACGCAUAGCGAUAUGUCGGCUACGUUGUUGAACUCGGAGGAUACGGGGAAGUUGCAGUCUCAAGGGAGUGUUGUGAGUUUGUUUGCGUUUAAGUUUGAAGAUCGGAAUGGGAGAGUGCAUAGGUUUAACGCGACGGGUGAGAGUUUUGAGGAGGUGAUGAGUGGUGUGAUGGAAGGGUGUGGUGAGGUGGUUGAUUCAGGGGUUGUUGUGCAGAUUAUGUAUGAAGAUGAUGAAGGUGAUAGGGUUUUGAUAAGUGGGGAUGGUGAUGUUGUUGCUGCUGUUGGGUUUGCUAGGUCUUUGGGGCAAAAGGUUUUGAAGUUGUAUUUGGAUUUUGGUGAGACGGUGUGUGUUGAUCAGAUGGUUAGAGAUUUGUCUGAAGGGAGUUUUGGUGGAGGUGGGAGUUUGGUUGGGUGGAAGGGUGGUGUUGUGGCUGGGGUUAUUGUCUUGACGAGUAUAGGUGUUCUUGUUUACUUGAAACGUUCUAAGUGAUUUAUAAUAUGUUACAUGUUACUUGUUUUUCUUUUUGAAAUUUUGGUGAGAUUUAACAUUCAUUGUAAAGUAAUUAUAAAACUUGUUACAAGAUUAUGAUAUUACUAGUG